AUGUUCGGAAUCGACUUGAGCGCGUGGGUGCCGUCGCCGCCUCCGGAGCACGCGUUUUCAGGCACGGCGGCGGUGGUGGUGUCGCUAGUAUGCACGGUGCUCGCCGUGUUUCUCUCCGUACGCCACAUCGUCAUGCACCUCCGCAACUACACGGAGCCCACGUACCAGCGUUACAUAGUCCGGAUCAUCUUCAUGGUCCCCGUGUACGCGACAAUGUCGUUCGGCGCUCUCGUUAUGAGCGACUACGCCAUGUACUUCAACACGAUACGCGACGUCUACGUGGCGUGGGUGAUUUACAACUUCCUUUCCCUCUGCCUAUCGUCAGUGGGCGGGCCGGGCGCCGUUGUGGCCAUUAACCCUGAAUUCCACUCUCCUUGUACCCCCCCCCUCCCUCCCCCCUCCCCUUCCCUCCCCCCUCCCCUUCCCUCCCCCCUCCCCUUCCCUCCCCCCUCCCCUUCCCUCCCCCCUCCCCUUCCCUCCCCCUCCCCUUCCCUCCCCCCUCCCCUUCCCUCCCCCCUCCCCUUCCCUCCCCCCUCCCCUUCCCUCCCCCCUCCCCUUCCCUCCCCCCUCCCCUUCCCUCCCCCCUCCCCUUCCCUCCCCCCUCCCCUUCCCUCCCCCCUCCCCUUCCCUCCCCCCUCCCCUUCCCUCCCCCCUCCCCUUCCCUCCCCCCUCCCCUUCCCUCCCCCCUCCCCUUCCCUCCCCCCUCCCCUUCCCUCCCCCCUCCCCUUCCCUCCCCCCUCCCCUUCCCUCCCCCCCCCUCCCCUUCCCUCCCCCCUCCCCUUCCCUCCCCCCUCCCCUUCCCUCCCCCCUCCCCUUCCCUCCCCCCUCCCCUUCCCUCCCCCCUCCCCUUCCCUCCCCCCCCCUUCCCUCCCCCCCUCCCCCCCUCCCCCCCCCCCCCCCCCCUCCCCUUCCCUCCCCCCUCCCCUUCCCUCCCCCCUCCCCUUCCCUCCCCCCUCCCCUUCCCUCCCCCCUCCCCUUCCCUCCCCCCUCCCCUUCCCUCCCCCCUCCCCGUCGAAUCUCCAUUUAAGCUACGAGGCCUACGAGGCCUGGGUGAUCUACAACUUCCUCUCGCUCUGCCUCUCAUGGGUGGGGGGACCGGGCGCCGUCGUGACGAGUCUCACAGGGCGGCUGCUCAAGCCGUCCUACCUGCUCAUGACCUGCUGCUUCCCGCCCAUCCCUCUUGACGGGCGCUUCAUCCGGAGGUGCAAGCAGGGCUGUCUGCAGUUCGUGUACUUAAAGCCCAUCCUGGCGGCCACGUGCCUGUGCCUUUACUACUACGGGCUCUAUGAAGACGGCAACUUUGCUCUCUCAGACGGCUACAUCUACAUCACCUGCAUCUACAUGGCCUCAUAUUCCGUCGCGAUUUACGCCCUUAUCCUCUUCUACGUCGCGUGCCGGGAACUGCUUCGGUCGUUCAACCCUGUGCCCAAGUUCCUGAUGAUCAAGGCCGUGGUGUUCCUGACCUACUGGCAGGGCGUGCUGGUGUUCAUAGUGGCCCAACUAGGUUAUGUACACAGCGCAGAGGACGCAGCAGAUCUGCAGAACGUGCUCAUCUGCGCGGAGAUGGUGCUGGGGGCGCUGGGCUUCAUGCACGCCUUCCCCUUCAAGCCGUUUCUGCAGGCCAAUGUGGCCAUGAACGGCGAGCAGGCGGGGCUGUUGCGAUCCAUCAAGCAUGCCAUCAACCUGACUGAUGUUGUCAGCGACACCGUUCACCAGUUCGCCCCCACGUACCACGACUAUGUGCUCUACAGCGACGGCACGGGGGAGACACACCACUACCGCACUCGCACGUUCGUCCCCUCAGGGAGGGAGAUGGAGUCAUGUCGGCGCUCUGCCAGUGGCAGCAGCCAGCCACACCACUUCACGGACCUCGAGGCCCUCUCCAUCUCCGACCGUCCUGCUGGCCCCACCACAGCUGCCGCCUCUGAGGGUGCUGGCACUGACUCUUCCGAUUCUUUCCUCUCUGGCGCACAGCUCAUCUCAACCGUUGAUCAGGUUGAUGGGAAACUGGUCAAUGGUGGGAAGGACAGUGGUUCUGGGGGCACUGAGGGCGCUGGGGUGCUGGGAAGCACGGUGGGUGUGGCUUUGGCUGGUGGGACGUCUUUAGCUGCGAGGCUGGCAGCGGCGUUUUCUGCAGCGGCUGAUAUGUCGUCGGCGGUUGAUUCGACCGAAGCGAACGAUCCCACGUCUGCCCCGCUGGGGUUUACGCUUUCGUCGUCCAGUGCUCCGGCUUCGGCCGAUCCUGGCGAUGGCGAUGACCCUACGCCGAUCACGUCCCGGAAUCCGAACCUGGGCACGCCGAAGCUGAUGCCAACCGCCACUCCGCCACCACUCCCGCCUCCGCCUUCGGCAGGGGGGUCGCCGGACCUAAGAAAGGAGGGUGUAGGAACGCCUGUCUUAGGCAGUGUGACAAUAAAGGGGUCUCCGUUGUCCGGAGGUAGGGUUUCAGAGAUGGUCCCCUUGCAAGGGACAGUGCAGGGGUCCAGCAGUGGGAAUAGUCCUGCUGCGGUUGGGCUUGCUGCUAGAAUUGGCAGUGCUGGAGAGAUGGACAAGCUUAUGCUAGAUAUGGACCAACAAUAG